AUGCCACUGGCCUCCCAGGGCCCCCUCCCCCUGGAUAAACCAGAUCAGUUGCCCCCCACCUUCCUCCAGGGUAGAAACGGGGAGUCUGCUGCCUGGGAUGUUCAGGACCAAGCUCCAGGCCUCCCAGCCCCCAGCGUAGAGCCCCAGCCACCGGCAUGGCCACACCAUGACACAGGAGCAACUCCAGGGCCCCUGAGACUUUCGGGGGGUAACCUGGGAAACUCGUGGAACAGCGAGAGCGGCUUGCUGAGCCUGCGACAGCCCAGCGAGGGGAAAUGCAGGGCAAGUGACGCCAGCCUGUUGAGCAGCGGGUACGCAGGUGAUAAGGAGAACAGUGAGGUCAGCCUGGUGGGGGGCACUCCCAUCUUGAGGUUGCAGAGAAGGCUCCACGCCCCGGCGGUCAGCACCCCGACCAGCCAGCUGUGCGCAGUCUACUCGCCUAACCAGAUCAGGAGCCGGCUGGCCAGCCGUGCCUGCAGCAGCAAGCAGCCUGGAGCGGAAAAGUGAGACCAGCCUGCCCGGCAGCGGCGGCAGCAGCAGAGCCAGCAGCCUGACCAGCAUGAGCUUCAUCAGCCUGGGCAGCAGCGCCCUGAACUACCAGGUGAGCAGCGGGCUCCUCAGCUCCGCCAGCAGCCUUCCCGCCAGCCAGGCCAGCAGCUGCCAGAACAUCCCGGUGGACGGUAAUGUGCAAAGUGCGGUGAAAAGUCACACCAGCCUUCCGGAGGACAAGUCCGGGGGCAAGGU